AUGUUCUCAGUUUCAGAAUGGCUGCGAUUACUGCCUUUCCUGGGUGUUCUUGCUCUGCUGGGAUACCUUGCUAUUCGCCCAUUCUUUCCGAAAAAGAAGCAACAGAAGGAUAGUUUGAUUAAUCUCAAGAUCCAGAAGGAGAACCCUAAAGUAGUGAAUGAAAUCAACAUUGAGGAUUUGUGUCACACUAAGGCGGUAUAUUGUAGGUGCUGGCGCUCAAAAACGUUCCCUGCCUGCGAUGGCUCUCACAAUAAGCAUAAUGAGUCAACAGGAGACAAUGUGGGUCCAUUAAUACUCAAGAAGAAAGAAGUCUAGCAAAUACCUAUAUAAACCAUGACUGGAAGUCUACUUAUACCUAUAUGUGGUUGUGCUUUCAGCCUAAUAAUUUCUAUAGAUAUGAGUUUUGAUAUCUUUCUAGGUCAACUUAGAUUUAUUGACUGUUAGCUAUGUGGUGAUAUUUUGUAUGGUCUGAAAAAUUAUGUUGAACAUAACUGAAAAACCCCAGUAAAUCACUGUAAUAACAAAAUUUCUGUUCCUAGACCUGUAAAAUAAUCUGUAAUAAAAAGUUACUCUUAAGCAAGAAUGCAGUAGACCAAGAAUGCCUCCCACAGACCACAAGAAGGAGAGGAUUGCCCCCCUCGUGCUAUUUAGCAAAGCUCUGGUCUUGCAGAGGCAGACGUGACAUAUCUUCUCCUGUAAGUGAUAACUCCAGGUGUGUAGUAGAAGAGGAUUCCAACUGACACCAGGACUGGUCUGACUCCUUUUACUCUCAUUCCUUGUUAUAGGAGGGAAUCAAUUUUCAGUCUUAGGGAGGGGGAAAACAGCUGAAAAUUGGCUCGUUUGCUUCUGGAAAGAGUUUAGCAAUGCCUUGGAUAAACUGGUACCCCUAGGACCAAAGUGCUUCAUGGAUUGGACUCCUCACCUUAUGAGCGUUUAUGUCUCUUUUGUUUAUAGACCCAUCUACACUACAGAAUUAAACAGGCUUAAAAGCAUUUGAACUGCCAUGACCUGGACUGUAAAACUCUCAGAAGUACAGCUUUUUGAGACUGUUGAGAAUGUAUUUUUUUUCUUACCAUAGUGACUAUUGUUACAGGUUUUUUUACAGAUGGACAGUCUUGGCUUAAGUCUUAGCUGGUUCAGGAAUCUGCAGAUGGUCAGUCACUGUUGUUUGUCGAGAUAUAACAAUUUGAAAAUAUGAAAGUUGAAUGUAUGUGGGGGGGAGGGGUUGUUAACAGAAUUACUUGUCUUUGAGAAUCUUGAUUGAGAACAUACUUGUAAGCUGAUUUACAUUAAUACUGUAGAUCUGAGUGCUGGUCUAUUUUCUGAUUUUUAAUACAGACUGUACUUCAUAAUU